GGAGAGCAUGACAGUGUACAGUGUGUGUGUGUGUGUGUGUGUGUAAGCAGCAGCACACAUGCUGGUCGGCAUAGACACACAGCAACCAAAUGGAAAAGAAAAAUUCUGAAGAUUCUACUCUCUUCAAAUUCAUAAUCAGGUCUUCUGUGUGGUUUUGCUGCUCCUGAUGGAAUCAUGGUAACAGCUCACAGCACAGUCACAUCUUUCCUGCUGUUAGCCUGUUGUUCUGUCCUCUGCACCUCUAUAGGGCCUCCUGUGCUGUCUUCCUAUGCCAAGACAGAGGACAAACUUUUUAAACAUCUCUUCAGAAACUAUCAGAAAUGGGUGAGACCAGUGGAGGAUCUAAAUGGAACAGUGCAGGUGAAAUUUGGACUGGCUAUUUCCCAGCUGGUGGAUGUGGAUGAGAAGAACCAGCUGAUGACCACCAAUGUGUGGAUGAAACAGGAGUGGAGAGACAUGAAGCUCCGGUGGAAUCCGGAUAAUUAUUUGGGUAUCACUUCUAUCAGGGUGCCCUCAGACUCCAUCUGGACUCCUGAAAUUGUGCUGUAUGACAAUGCAGAUGGUAAUUUUGAGGCCACAGUGACAAAAGCAGUGGUGAGGUAUGAUGGCAUGAUCUCCUGGACUCCUCCUGCAAACUACAAAUCAGCCUGUACCAUCGACGUAACUUUCUUCCCGUUUGAUCUUCAAAACUGCUCCAUGAAGUUUGGCUCCUGGACCUAUGAUGGUUCCCACGUGGACAUUCUCCUUGAGGAUGUGCAUGUAGAUAAACGUGACUAUUUUGACAAUGGGGAGUGGGAGAUGGUGAAGGCCACUGGCAGUAGAGGCUUGAGAACCGAUGGUACAUCUUUCUACCCCUCCAUCACCUACUCCUUUAUCAUCCGCCGUCUUCCUCUCUUCUACACCCUCUUCCUCAUCAUCCCCUGCAUCGGCCUUUCUUUCCUGACUGUGCUGGUGUUUUAUCUUCCUUCUAAUGGAGGGGAAAAGAUCUCCCUAUGCACAUCUGUCCUCGUCUCUCUUACUGUCUUCCUUCUGGUGAUAGAAGAGAUCAUUCCUUCUUCCUCAAAGGUGAUUCCUCUCAUCGGAGAGUAUUUGGUCUUCACCAUGAUCUUUGUGACACUUUCAAUUGUCAUCACUGUCUUUGCCAUCAACAUCCAUCAUCGAUCCUCGUCUACACAUCACAGCAUGGCGCCGUGGGUACGGCGCAUCUUUCUGCACUACCUGCCUAAACUUCUCUGCAUGCGUAGCCAUGUGGAUCGCUAUGUCACCACUGGGGGUAGCCAGAGUGCAGAGAGGACUGGCAGAGCAGGGCUGGGAAACGGAAAGAGUUUGGGCCAGGAAAACAGCCAUCUGCUCAAUGCAGAACAUAGUCUACAGGCAGCCAUGGAAUCUAUACAUUACAUCACCCGUCAUGUUAUGAAGGAAAAUGAAGUCAGAGAGGUGGUGCAGGACUGGAAGUUUGUGGCCCAGGUUCUGGACCGUGUUUUUCUGUGGGCAUUCCUCUUGGUAUCAGUUCUUGGUUCUGCUCUACUUUUCAUUCCUGUCAUCUAUAAAUGGGCCAACAUCAUUGUCCCCAUCUACACUGGAAGUACCAGCUAAAACACACAAAUGUAGACUAUAUAGUAUUUCAGGACUUUUAAUUGUGAAGAGAACAAUUGAAUAUACAUGUGAAUUAAUGAUAAACAAGCAUUUGUGACUUUGAUAAAGCUUUUCAUUACAAUUACAUCUGUAGUCUCCAAAACAUCUAUGCAGCUUGUGGCUAUAAUGUGCUGUCAUUUCUGCUGUGAUAUGCUGCAUGUCAUAUUCAUUGUCAUAUGUUGAAGUCAUUAUAAUAAAAUUUACAAUAAAAUAAUUGUGUUUUAAAAAGGGGUUUAAAAUACACAACAAUGUUGAGUUCUGCACACAGCUCAAGAAUUAAAAUGACUUUUUUUUAAUUGUAUUUAUUCUGGGGAACACCUGAAGCAUAGUCUUUAUAGAUGUGUAAAGACUGUGUGUAAAGACAGUGCUGUAAGCAUUUUAGUUUGUAAUACCAAGCAUAAAAUGUCCCUAAUAACUGACAUAAACCAAUCUCUGUGACAGCACUAGGCUCUGUAUUCAGAAAAAAAAAAUGCAUCUUUGCCUUUCUAUAAGCUUU